AGCAGCGGGCUGCAGGAUGCACACACAGACAGCUGUCACACUGAAAACACACUUAACACGGUUUUAAUGACACUUUUAUCCAACAUGCGUGACAGUCAGGCGCGCGUGCACGAUGCCCGAUCGAUCUGUGGUAUAUGAAACUAUCGAUACGGCUCGUUGAAGAAGUUUAUCGGCGGUUUUUCACAGAUUGUGGACGGAGUUAAGUAUGAGGAGUGAGAGAGGAGCUUUUGAAUGGAGCUAACCGGCUAACUGUAGGCUAACAGGGCUUAAUUAACUUUAUCAACAGUUUGACUCAGUGACAGUAACAGAAGACAACAUGGACACACUGCUGGACUUUGAGGAGUGUGUCAAAGACUCACCUGAGUUCAGGCUGAAGCUCGAGCUGUUUGAGGCGGAUGUGUCUGCGCUCGAGACAAAACUGGAUAAGGUGAUGAAGCUGUGCAGUAAGAUGGUGGAGGCAGGUCAAGCCUACAAUGCAGCCAAUCAGCUGUUCCUGACCGGCCUGGCUGAACUUUCCACGUACAACAAGAAGGACGGCGUCAUCACCAACUGUCUGAACCAGUUCAACCAGGGCCUGCAGGAAAUGGUCAGCUUCCACACGAUGUUGUUUGAUCAGACUCAGAGAGCCAUCAGUCAGCAGCUGAGCAACCUCUGUACACAGUUCCUGCCCCAACUGCUGGAGACCAGGAGGGAGUUUGUCCGGAUAGGGGACGACCUGGAGACGGCGGCAGUCAAGAAUGCUCAGGUGUCUCGCCACAAACCUGGUGAUGCAGAGCGGGCGAGUCACCUGCUGCUUGCCACACGCAAAUGUUACCAACACUUCGCCCUGGACUACUGUCUGCAGCUCAACACCUUCAAGACUCAGCAGAGAAUCGACAUCUUAAACUCAGUGUUCUCCUUCGUCCAUGCUCAGUUCACCUUCUUCCACCAAGGCUUUGACCUGCUCAGGGACCUGGAGCCCACCAUGAAAACCAUGGCAACACAGCUGUCGCAGUUAUCAUCAGACUGUGCAGUUAAGAGAAAAGACCUGGAGAACAGACACCUGCUGGUGCAGCAGAGAGAUGCUUCAGGAGAGCCAAUGGUCAGCCCUUGCCCUGGGAGUGAUGACAUCAUCCAGGGUUACCUCUUCAAACGCUCCCGAAGGAAAUCCAAAACCUGGAAGAGGUGCUGGUUUUUCAUCAGAGACAAUCAACUCACUUACAGGAAGUCACACAAGGAGGAAGCCGUGGUUCUGUUUGAGGACCUCAGACUGUGUGCUGUCAAAUCACUGGAGCACAUCGACCGACGUUUCUGCUUCGAGCUGCUCUCUGUUCAGAAAUGCUGUGCUCUGCAGGCAGACUCGGAGCAGCUGAAGCAGGCCUGGCUCAGCGCUCUGCAGGGCAGCAUCGACCUCGCCUACAGGGAGAGAGCCGACGUUCAUAUCACACAGCCUAAAGAGCUCCCCCCUCUCCCGUGUGGUGGGGACGCCUCCCCGGGGCCCCCUGCUCAGAGGCUGCCAGCGCUGAGCAUGGCCCUCAGUGGCCCUGGGAACCUGCGGUGUUGUGACUGCGGCGAGGAGGAUCCUCGCUGGGCCUCCAUCAACUUGGGAAUUACCAUGUGCAUUGAGUGCUCUGGCAUACACAGGAGCCUGGGUGUCCACCUGUCCAAGGUGAGAUCUCUCACUCUGGACUCAUGGGAGGCUGAACAGCUGAAGCUGCUCUGUGUUCUGGGAAAUGAUGUCAUGAACCGGAUCUAUGAGGCGCGAUGUUCAGAGGAGGGGCGGAUCAAACCCAGAGCCGACAGCCCGCGGACGGAGAAAGAGACAUGGAUCAAAGAGAAAUAUGUGGAGAAGAGAUUUGUGCAGAGCAGCAGCUCAGCUGGAGCUCAUGGUGGAAAAGGCGAGGCCGGGCUGCGUCUGUAUCGGGCUGCGCUGGCUGGAGACCUGAUUGCCAUGGCAGCAGCAUUGGCACAGGGGGCAGAGGUCAAUGGGAGUAUCGCUGAGAAAGGGGGACACACUGCUCUAAUAGGAGCUGCUGUCGGGGGGUCACUGUUAGCUUGUGAGUUCCUGCUGCUGAACGGAGCAAACGUCAACCACCGAGACCAGAGAGGACAGGGAGCACUGCAUGCUGCUGCCACCGCUGGACACACAGGACAGGUGUGUUUGCUGCUGAAGAGAGGAGCCAAUCAGUAUGCUGUAGACGAGAGGGGACAGGACCCAUUGGCCAUCGCCGUAGAAACAGCCCAUGCUGACAUCGUCACACUACUGCGGAUGGCCAGGAUGAACGAAGAGAUGAGAGAUUCAGAAGGAGUCUUUGGAGCUGUGGGAGACGACCAGACGUUUCAGGACAUCUUCCGUGACUUCAGCGACAUGGCGUCACAUGCCCCAGAGAGGCUCACCAGACGGCAGUUCAGCCGCGGAGGCGAGGAAGAGGAGGAGGAGGGGGUGGAGGGAGGUGCAGGAGGAGGAGAAAUGGUGAAUAGCCAACAUAGUGUUGAGAAGAGGACAGAAUGACAGAAGCUGAGAAUGGGAGCCUCUCGGACUGCAGACCCUCUCCACUCCAUGACCACUGGGUUACCACGGUAACAGUUUGGAUGGAGAAGCGUUAAUUUUAACCUCUAGAAGAGUUGACUGACUGCUUCAUGUAAACGAUGUCUAUAAAAUGUUCUAAAACAUAGCAGAUAUGAUAAUAUAGUGGAGUAUACUCUUUACAGUAACAUUGAAAGUAUACUUUAUGUACGGUUACUGCAGUUGGAAAAAGUGUUACUAGUAUUCACGACGACGGAGGAGAAACUUAAUUUCAUCAUCAGUUAAUCUGCAAAUUAUUUUCUGUGUAGAUCGUUUGGUCAAAUAGUCACAUUGACUUAAUACUCACAUACUCAAAUAGAAGCAGACAAGUGUUUUUCUUUAACUUAUUAUGAUAUAAAUAUUGUGUGCACAAUGCUGUAGGAUAAUGAGAUCAUCGGCGUUUAGGUUGGUUCACUGUAAGGCUCGUUUUAUCAUGCAGCUCUGUUUGCCACAGAACAUGAAGGCUCCAUUUAUGACACAAAGAAAGUGCAUCAAACACUCAGCAACCACAACAGGAAGAGGAUAUUGCUUAUGUUUUCCCCUCGUAGCUAUCGGUAGCUAUCCCCAGUUAUCCCCAGUAGAGGAAAUGGAAGACUGAGGAACAACUCAAGUAUCUGUGGAAAACAAAAUGCAGUGUGUUCAAUGUUGUUGGUAGUUUCAGUGCAUCAUUUAUCCUGUUCUUGUACUGGCAGCUCAUUUAGGUUUUAUUAUAAGCUCUUUUUAGAGAUCGCGCUAUAGAGCCGCUACAAAGUCCCUUUAUCACAGCACCUUUGUUUUUUGACACAGAACCAAACAACAGUGGCAUCAUGCCACUCCAGUAUGUGAUUUUAGACAGCUUACCGGCAUGACGGGCAUGACAAGUACCACAACAGCAUUGGCCUCUAGUUGUAGCUCAUAUAACAUAUGUGUCGGCAGUGCUUUGUAAACAGUAAGAGUGGCGUAACAUGGCAAGGACAUAAUUUACCUUCCCUGUUAUAUGGCAGCUGAUCUCAUCCUUUGCUCGGAGGGUGAGGAGCUGCCGGACCUCCUUUUUCCCAAUUUUCGGGCAUUUUGUGGCCGCUGUUCUUCUUCGAGUUAGCUGCUAACUGCUAUCAGCUGCUUUUUAAAUCCCCCACAGUGGGCCGCACGCAUAACACAUCAUCAAAACACCCCACCCAGGCCACCCACGAUCCCGUCCUGCUGGCUGUCGUCUUUAUACAGACAUUGUUUCGGUGCUGUUACUACCUCUGAUGCCAGCUUAAAGGCGAGACCACUCUGUCCCCCCAUUCCACAAUUGUACCCUUUACACAGCACAGAGAGGAGGAAUUACAGCAUGAAAGUCACGCCUUGAAGAUGCAGUGGAAAAGGGUCUAUAGAAAAAGUUCUUUUACAUGGCAGAGAAAACUUACAAAAUAUGUAAACAAAGAGUUAAAACCAGCUGAUUGGUUGUUUUCUAGAUUGUUGCUUAGUCCAUUGUUGACUUUUCAUCUAGCGCCAUUGUCAGUUCAGUCAGUUCUGUCACUGAACAAAUGCCUAGGAUUUGAGCUGUUUAUGGCUGUUCCAGAUGAUAGAGUUUGAGAGUCUGAACAGUUCAGCAGGACGUUCAGGGUGACAGUGACGUAAACAGGUUAAGUUAGCUCUCCAGGCUAAUGUGCACUAACUCCAUUUAUGUGAAUCGAAAUGUGACACCAGUAGGGUGGCAGCGGUGCAGGAACCAUCUCAGAAAAUAUCCCAGUUUUACAGAACCAUUAGUUCUGUCAGUUACAAUGACCUUUAAAGUAAUGAAAAUAGUAGGGCUUUUUUUUUAGUUAUAAGACUUUUCUAUUUCUAUAAUUAAAACUUGCAACAAUUUUUUAAAAUGGAAGCAUGGGGAGAUUCUACGUCCAGUUGCAUUUUUUUAAUACUGUAGAUAAGCAAAUGCAUACAGUAUGAUAACCGUCAAAUUCUAUACCAUGGUAUACCUCAAAUAUAGACCAGAGACUGUGUUGUGUUAGGUUGCUGUGAGCUGUAAUUCACCACUUCUGAUCAGAAAGAAAAAGAAAAAGUUAUCUCAGAGUCUGAUCGGUCAAAGCCUCUCUUCCUCCAGGCAGCUGCCUCCGUCUGACUCAGACUCAGCCUAGUCUAGGUCCACUGAAAGCAAGGAACGCUCACUCUGCAGCUAAAUCUGGGGACUGACACAUUCCCAAAAGUAAACAGCACACUGAGUGACCAAAAACUGCUCAACCUGAAAAAUCACUCUGACUAAUUAAUCCAAUCUUUUAGGGGGCGGCCCUAGUUAAGAAUGACGCAAAAUACAUCUGGACUGAGACACAGCUGUAGAAAUUUUAUUUGAAUUACAUUUCAAACCUCGUAUGGGUUUCUUUACACAUUCAUUUAUUUGUGGCAGCCCGCAAUGAUCAAAACAUCUGCUGCCACAAAUAGAUUGUCUAUUUUUGGAGUUGGACUGUUAGUUAGCAGCGCUGUUGAUAGAUAUACUGUUGAGUUAUUUAUAGCACUACACUGUCUGAGUGCAGAGUGUACUCUUACACAGAUGGAGCAGCGGAACGUCAGGUGCAUUGAAAGUGAAACUUUAACAUUUAUUCUACUGGGUCUUAACUGGUUCUAACUUGCCUCUGCAGCAGCCGCUCCUCUCGAUCUGAUCUGAUCAGCUCUGAAUUGAUAAACAGAUCAAUUAUCCACACCGCGAUUCACAAAGUACUGCUAAGGGGGAAAAAAGAGCUCCGUCUGCAUGGACCCGUAAAAACAUCUGAAUUUAGAGAAGGGACACACACAUUUUAAAGGAAAAAAAAAGUUUUUUAGUAUAAGAAUAACACUCCCAAUGUGGUUUGCAUCACAUUUGCAAAAGUUACGUUUCAUGUGGUGUUUUGCAGUCCAGACUUUCUUAACUCAAUCUUGAAAUGAUAAAAAAACAACAACAACUGUGGCUGGCAGUCUGAACAAGCCCUGAGUCUUGUUACAUUUCUGUUCAUAACCAAAAACAUAGUUUGUCACUUCCAGUCUUUAUGCUAAGCUAGGCUAACACUUCCUGACUUCAUCUUGCUGUUUGCAAGAAAACAAAGAAGCCUUAUUUGAUUCCAGUUACUGUCAGAGCGCCAGAGACCCCAUAAAGCUGAUUUAUGCUCAGUGUUAGAUACGGACACGGAUGGACCCCUCUCUCUAUACUCUGCGUUCUCUGUAUUUGUGCAUGUUUUCUGAAAGCUUUCGGGUGCAGACAAAACUGAGCAGUAUCAUUAGAGAUCAUGGGGGCAUUUUAGCGUACUUCAGCAAGAUAGGACCACUGGACUCAACAAAGACAUUUUAAAAAUGGCGUAAAGGAUUGAAUCAUUAAUACUGUAAAAACAGUUUUUCGUCCAUACUUCCCAAUGUACUUAAUGGCCUCAUAAACCACAGCCAUCUACGACACUGCCUCGGUUAAAAGUUACAUUAUCAGGACCUCCUCCACCUUCGCCAUGUUUGUUGUUGUCAGAAACUUUUGACCCUCCAGUGCCAGCUAGCGAAUGUGGCAUGGGGGUAUGAGAGCAGUAACGGUCUCAAAGUUUGAAAUGAACGUAUGUAUUUUGUAUGUAAAGGGAGUUUAAAUAAGCCCUUACCUGUUUACAGUGCUGUGAUGAUGUCACAAAGGGAGUUGGUCACCUGUUCAGCCUCCAUCAUGUUGGUGCGGUUACAUGAAUCUACACCCCUAAAAUGUUAUUUAAGAAUAUGAAUAGUUUCCAUCAGUUAAAGUCCCUUCUGUCUGUAUUUAAUGAGCAGCACACGUUUAAUUUAAAUCCUCUUGUUAUUCGAAGAAAAGAUGCUCUAACUGUUUCACUGUGACUUAAAAUAAUGUCAGAUAUAUCUGUUCAUGUUGUUGUUAACAACAGUACAAAGAAAAAACUGAAGUACACUGUGUUGAAGGCUCUGGAAACAUCCCAGAAAUCCAGAAGUACAGUAUGAUCAAAAGUUCUAAUCCUCUAAUAGUUAAAUGAAAUCAAACCCUGCUUUUUUUCAGCCACAGCAAUUUAAUGUAUUAUUAUUAUUACUAUUUUUUAUUUAUUUAUUUUUUUAAUGUAAUUUACUGAAUGAUUAUCUUUCUUUAUUGCAGUUUUCAUUGCUUGUGGUGGAGUCUGCCAUUCUUAAAGACUGCUUUUAGCUUGGACACAAACAGUAGGACGGUGUAAUAGACUUGAGUUUCUGGGGGCAAUUGAAGUUGUGAUCUCAAAGCCACCAGACUCCACUGACAAAAACAGUCAUUUUACUUGGCAGAACACAAAGUUGCUGGUCUACCUAAAACUGAUCUGUUAGUGUGUAAGGUGAGGCAGAGCAAAUACUCAAAUGCAGCGUACCUUUACACUAAUAUUGACUGGUUUUUUUAGGUGUCUGAAAUACAUUUCUGUCCACAGCGGUGCAUUGUUAAGCUUUCAUGCAGGUAGAUUUGGUUUAUCAAAGAUGAUAACAGGACAACAGAGAAUAUUUUUAAACUAGGGUAUGCAGCAGAGUAUCAUAAUAUUUUAUGAGGCAAUAUCAUAUGAUCACAAGUAUCUUUUUUUUUUUUUUAAAUUAUAUGGAUUAUUGAUAUUAAAAUUCAAAUUAAACUUAAGGUAGGUAACUACUAGAAUAAUAAAAUCAAUUGCUUUUUCAGUCCACUAGAUACAUUUUACUGCUGCAGAAAAUGGCUUAAGUGAGAUGGACAGACUGAAACAGGGUGUCUACAGUAGUGUUCAUUUUGAACUGACAUCGGUGUGUUGUGUGUGUGAAAUAGUACUUAUACAUGUGUCUCACACACACAUACACAUACACAUAAAUAUAUGUAUAUUUAAAGUGUAUUUCUGUUGCAGGUUUGGUCUUAAAAUUCAUAUAAAGUGGUAUUUAAAAAGGCCUUAAAAAGUCUUAUAUUUAACUUGGUUAUAUCUGUAGACAAGCAGUGAAAACUUUAUCUUAUUAGUGAAAACAGAUGCUGACAAAGUUUUCCUUCAGGGACGUAAUUUACAGUUAAAAAAAGAUAAUUAAUCGCAAUAUAUUUUAUCACAAUACUCAGCAUAUCGCAACAUAUAUUAUAUUGCAGUAAUACCGCAUCAUGACUUAAGUAUUGUGAUAAUAUUGUAUCGUGGUUCCUCUGGUGAUUCCCACCCCUUCUGUAAAUGUUGACAACAGCAAUCAACAAUUUUGCGAAUUUCACGUCUUUGCGCCUGAAAUCAACUGCCAGUUUUCUGCCCCGAAGUGAUUGUUGUUAUUCGUGUGACGUCAAUGGGAUUUGGUCUAUAAUUUAAUACAUAAAUAAAGUUGAUUUGAUUUUGUGAUUUUAUAAAUCCAUUAAAUGGCUAUUGCUGAAAAAAUGCAGCCCAUAAAUAGAAUCAAAAACUGGGUUUGAUUUCAUGAAAAACUGCUGAGUGAAUAAUGAACAGCUACUUAACAGAGACAGCAAACUAGCUCGAGGACAUGGCCAAAUGCAAGUAUGAAUGAAUAUAUUAAACCGUGUGGACCUUGAACUAAUCACUAAGGAAAAAUCUGGACCAGCUGGGAACCACUGGUAUAAAGUGCCUUCUGGCAGAGUUUACUCCAAGAUGUCACCACAUUUUCUAGGUCAGGAUUCAACCUCACAACCCGUCCUUCACUCUGUGGAGCUGAACAUUUGACUGAAGUUUUAUUUGAUGUUUUGCUUCCAUCUGUUUGUUUCUUUUCUCAUUUGUGUUCAUAAAGGGAUUUAAUAUAUAGCUGCUGCAGAGCUACGUUUAUCCGUUUCUUUAGACACUUUAUCAAUGUGUUUCAGAUGUCUCAUUUCAGUUUGCUGUGUCUUUGGGUGAAACCAGGUUGCAAUAUUUUUGUUUUUAUGAAUGAAGACUGAUGUGGACCAACAGAGUGUAAAGACAGAGUCCAUCCCUGAAGCAGAGCACAACUGCUGUUACAGAACAUCAGGUUUUUACUGAUUUAUUAGGAAAUAUUCAUUUUUAAAGCCUCAGACCUGCUGAAAAAACCUCACUGCAUCAUUUAAAAAUAUGAUGGAGGAGCAAUAUGACGUGUUUUAUUCUGCUUCAGGGGGGAUUUUCAACAUUUCAUUCCAGACUGCUACUGCUUAAUAAAAACUUGUUAAUACGUGAAGACGACUGUCUGUUGCUUUCUUCAGGGUUCAGUCUCUGUAGGCACCUUUAGGCAGUUAUCAUGAUUGUUCUUUCAUUUAUCUUACAGGACCCACCCAGUGAUACUGUUCUUAACGCAUUCUUGGUUUU